ACCGAGGCUCUCAAACUUCUCCCUGGCGGUCCGGGCGUAGGUGUCGCGGUCGUGCAGGGCGUAGGGAAUGAACAGCACCCGCUUCACCUUCCUGGCAGGAAAGAGGGGAGAGAGCGGUCGGCGCGGCGGGGGCUGGGGCCGGGAGGGCUCCCGCAGCCCCCACAGCGCUUACUGCCCGAGGAAGCUCUGGAUGUGCUGCUGGCAGUGGCCCAGGCAUCUAGGCAAGCAUCAGGUAUCCCUGGGCUGGCUCCAACUGACGAAAAGGAUGGCAAUCUGCCAGAUAUCAUUGCCAGCAGCAGUCUACACGAGUUUCUGGUGAACCUUCAUGAGAAAUAUGGCCCACUGGUCUCUUUCUGGUUUGGAAGGCGUCUUGUCGUCAGCCUCGGCUCCAUUGAUCUCCUGAAACAACAUAUUAACCCCAACCGGUUGUUGGAUCCCUUUGAGACAAUGCUGAAGUCCCUCUUGAGAUACCAGUCCAGCCUGAAUGGGGAUACAGGAGAGAGCCACAUCAGGAGAAAGCUGUAUGAAAACAGUGUGACCAAGUCCUUGCAAAGUAACAUUGCUCUCAUCCAGAAGCUGUCAGAAGAGCUGCUAGCCAAAUGGCUCUCCCUUCCCGAGGCACAACAUGUGCCACUCUGCCAGCACAUGCUGGGCUUUGCCAUGAAGUCUGUCACGCAGACAGCUAUGGGCAGCAGCUUUGAAGAUGACCGGGAAGUCAUCCGAUUCCGCAGGCACCAUGAUGCAAUCUGGUCAGAGAUUGGGAAAGGUUUCUUGGAUGGGUCUCUUGACAAAAACAUGACUAGGAAGAAGCACUAUGAAGAUGCUCUGGUGGAGAUGGAAUCCGUCUUAAGGAAAGUUACAAAAGAGCGCCGAGGCAGAUCAUUCAACAGGCAUGUCUUUGUAGACAUCUUGCUGCAAGGGAAUCUGAGUGACCAGCAGAUUCUGGAAGACACAAUGAUUUUCACCCUGGCAGGAUGCAUAAUCACUGCUAACUUGUGUACCUGGGCAGUCUAUUUCCUGACAACCUCAGAAGAUGUCCAGCAGAAUCUCUACAAGGAGGUGGACCGCAUUCUGGGGAAGGGACCAAUUACACUUGAGAAAAUUGAGCAGCUCAGAUACUGUCGGCAAGUCCUGUGUGAGACAGUGCGAACAGCAAAGCUGACUCCCAUUGCUGCACAGCUGCAGGAGCUGGAGGGCAGAGUCGACCAACACACUAUCCCCAAAGAGGCACUUGUGCUUUAUGCUCUUGGUGUGAUGCUGCAGGAUAGUUCAUCUUGGCCAUCACCAUACAAGUUUGACCCAGAGAGAUUCAAUGAGGAAUCAGCCAUGAAAAACCUGUCCUUGUUGGGUUUUUCAGGGAGCCAGGAGUGCCCGGAGCUGAGGUUUGCCUAUCUGGUGACUACAGUCCUGCUGAGUGUGCUGGUAAGGAAACUGUACUUCCACCCAGUGAAAGGACAAGUCAUGGAGACAAAAUAUGAACUGGUAACCUCACCAAAGGAGGAAGCCUGGAUAACGGUGUCCAAGAGAAGCUAAGAGGAAGCAAAACAAGGGUUUGAAAGUGCCGAUAGAGAAGUUCUGAGCAAGGGUCUUAAGGAGAAUCGUGCUGGCACCACGUUGACUCAGCCAAGGAAUUUUACAUCCAGUUUUUUUUACCUUCUACAUUCUUAAGCACAUGCCUAUCUUGGGUACUUUUUCUAACUCAACCAGUAGUCAUAUUAAAAUAGAUUUAAUCUGUAUGCCUUUUUACAUUUGCUUUUGGAUUUCUGGCCAAAUCAUUGCAGAGGAAGCAACAAAACCUUUCAGUGAUAUAUGUAUGAACUAUUGGGUAUCAGCUAGUCAAAGACCAGCCCCUUUCCAAUAGCAGCCAGAGCUGGAUAAGAGUGCCUCUGUUAUCCAGUGGAAUGCUUCUUCAUGGAUCCUAACUAGAUAAGAUCUUGGAGACACAAGGACAAAGCCUUUCUCUAUAUAUAGGUAUUUUUAUUCAAAGUGUCUUUCCUUCCCUUGAGCUAUCUCUAUAACUGUCAAGAAGAGCAGAUACAUCUUGUGAGAAGUAUGUGUGAGUGUGAGAGAGAGAGAAAUAAAGUGGGGUGGGAAUUGCACCAGUUCUCUUGCUGUAUAAUCUUGGCAUGCUGUGGGGUUGCAAGAGAAAGAAUGACUGAGAAAUGCUAGUAAACCAAGAGGAAUAAAAUUGGUUUGGCCCCAGAGAAAACAGAAGUAUCAGUAAUAAUAUAAUGAAAUUAAAUAAAGCCAUAGAACAAAGCCCUGAGAAAGGGAUUCUCUGUCCUGAAAGUUCUGAGGGCAGUGUCUAAUAUAAUCUACAUCAGAAGUUGACAGAUGCUUUCAGUUCAUUCAUCACUGGGUCAGCCUGAGAUUGAUCAUACAAAUGCUGGAAAGGCAGAGUGCUGAUUUUAUAGAGCUCUAGAUUAAUGUUGUACUUAAUAACUUAAAAGCCUUUCAAAGAAUCUUUUUCCUCCUCCAAAAUGGGUGCCAGCCAAAGCAGCAUCAGGUGCUGCAUGUUCACAUGCUUUUCCCUACUUCUUUCUUUCUCUUUUGUCCAUCACAGGACAGCUCCUGAAAGAUUUUUCAGAGUGCCACUGAAAAGGUUGUGAAGCAGGAACCUCUUCCUCCAUCAUCACAUUGGAGUAAUUGCCAUCUGACUUCCUUUUCAGGUUGUGUUUCUCCCUUUUCUUGCUUACACAGGAUCACCCUUUAUCUUUAUUUCCUUUAUCAGGAAAUCUGCUGGUCUCGUAAAAAUGUUCUUGCUCUUGUAUUGCUGCCGAGUGCCAGCCUGAAUGCAGUCCUGUCAGCUCUUCUGGAGUUAACAUCUGAUGCCAGCCUCUGUGGGCACAAGACAAAGAAAAUUCUGCUCUUGGGUUUAAUGUGUCAGCUCUGCUUUUGGUCGAGCUGUAGAGAUUCAGAUCCCCCUCAGUGUAGCUUCUGUUGGGGGAGAGGUGACACAGAGAUGCUGGGCAGAAAAAGGAGGGUUGUGCAGUUCAGCUUCCUGCCUCUCUUGCAUUGAUUUUUAUAAUGAACUGCAAGAAAGCUCUUGCUAAUCUGACCUCCACUUAAUUCAAGGUUGGUCAUGUCUCCAGAUAGCAAUUCGUGUUAGGCUUUGCUUCACUGCUUAUGCAAACAGGCCUAUUUUUCUUGAAGGUUGCAGAUGUUUCCUAAACCACCUGGAGAAAUCAGGAUGAUAAAGGAUUUUAGUUUAAAUCAUCCGUGGUGUGCAGAGGAGGUAAAACAGAGGUCAAAGUAUUGCCUUCUUGGGAAAAUAUGGUAGGAUAACAUUGUCCCUGCUAGGAACUGGACAAGGAAUCUAAUUGUGUGGCAGAAAUCUGCUUUAUUUUAGCUGUGUCAUAGGAGUGAAACUUUUGGACACUAGAAAAGCUUCCCAAGUGUAAUUGUCCAGACUUUUGUUACAGCAUUUCUCUGCCUUGCUGGAGCUGUUCAAGCCAACUGCCUUGCAACAACCCUUCCCCAGUUACAGGAAUCAGAAAUGGGAGUGAUUCCAUAUAAUUUGUUAUGAAUUUCCCAUCAGCCUCCACCCACAGAGUCUAUCUGGGCCAGUGAUCAAGCAUGCUACAGGAGUCCAUGACUGAUAUAGGAAGAAUGUGGCCCAGUGUGCUGGAGAAAGCCAGUGAUCAGUUUGUGUUUGCUCAAAACUGUCAAAAAAGCACCCUGACUCAUCAGUUAAGGAAAUGUGUUGAGCAUGGAGGGAAAGGAGGCGGGUGAGGUGCUCUCAAGCAUUUGUUAUGCACUGCUGGGACACUGAGGUCACAGCCACAUUGUUUGCUGAAGUCUGUAAGUUUCCGUUCUUCACUCUAUGUGUGUCAGUCAUUUCAAACGGCUUAACUACAAAGAUUUUAGCCCAGCUGUGGAUCCUUGUGUAGCAAACCUUCUUUUUUUGUAUGAGAAUGUUCAUGGAUUGGAGCUUUCUCAUGAAGUUUUAAUCUAUUUUGAUUUGAAGAUUGAAAUACCAGUUUUCUCCCAAUUUCUGCCCUCACCCCUUGUCCAGCAUGCGCUAUCAGCUGGUUCUUUUUUGGCCUGGCUUCCUCAGGAAGACUUGUGUUCAUAGAGUGUUCCCCCUUCCCGCUUAUGUUUGGCCAUUUUCUCCGUUCUCUUCUCACAAGAAGUAACUUCUGAGCCUUGGGCUAAAUCAGCUGCAUUUGACAGAGAUCAGGGUAUGAAAUGUCAACGCUGUUGUGUUCCUGCAAAUUUUGUGGGGAAAAAAAAAAGAGAAAGGUGUCUGGACAUAGGGAGUCUAUGCUAGAUGUGUCACAAGAUUGCAGUCAAAGCUGAAGCAUUGUUAGGUGCUGGCCUGGGGAAAAGCCUGAGUCAGCGCCUGCACUGUAGCAGAUUGCCAGUCUCAGGAGUCCAGUCAGUAAAGAACAGGGUUUUGUCAGUCCUGCUGCUCAGCCCCAUGCACUAAGGACACAUCUAAAGCCCAGAGAUCCCUUCUGAUUGUAACAUGGACAUGUGGGCAAGCAUUGCAACUUGUGGGAAAAAAUGCCUCGAUCUAGGAAGAAAGCCAAGGGGGAGGGAUUGCUUCUCUAAGAUAGGGAAUAAUUUCUUUUUAUGCUUCAUAUUCCUGCUCUACACCAGCAAGCUGCUUCACAAAUUCAACAGGUGGUUUUGAAAAGCAUACAGAAAAGCUGUCAUUUCAGUCCUUGGACAGGUUUCUACAGAGAGCUGCAAACUCACAGAAGUAAGGUGCUGAAUAUAUCCCUGUGCCUGUGCAACCUGCUGCCCUCAGCAGGUGGUGGGAGCAGUCAGGCCAUCCCUAAUGGGCUGUUUAUGGCUGGCACAGCCUUUUACUUUUGCCCCUUGAAUUGGUGGCAACUGGUGAGACAGUCAACACAGCUCUGAGCAGAGCAGACAGCUGAGCUAUCCUCCCACCGCCUCCCAAAUAUCCAUGAAUGGUGUUACCUCUACAUUUUAAUUAACCUGGGCUACAUAGAGAGGCACUAUUGUACAUUAUUAAUAUCCUUCUGUUCCCAGCAGUUUAAGAACUUGCUGGUAAUGGCUGUGGCAUGCAGCACAGGUUUGUGGGCUGUAUGUUUUAUUUUCCAUCAUUAAAUGGGAAGCAUGGUCUUGGCAACUUCUGUCCUACUUGCUGCAAAAGUAAAUGUUGGUUGUUGGGCAGAGUGGAUGCUUGCUGAUUUAAAAUACCUUGGGCAGCUCUCGUGCCAGCUCCCCCAUUAGCUGUGCAAUUAUGUGAACCUGAGGCUGCUGGCAAUCCAAAUUGGGAAAACACUGUCUCUCACCUGCACAGUUUGCUGGUGAACAUUUUGGUGCUGCUUUAACUCACAGGUCAGCAGCAUUGCUUUCUCACUACUUCUUUGUACAUGUUCCCCACUGACAGCAGGAGAUACCUGUACAGUCUCCCCCCUCAACAGUGCCAUGUAUGACCUGCCCAAAGUUUCUGCUAAUUCUAUGGAAGGGGCUCCCUAACACUGACCAUUGCAUACAGAUAUAUCUCGAUCAGCAGAGUGAAGCCUGUAGCUUAUUGACUUCCUCUUUGUGCUCAGAUCCUUUUGUAGCUUUGGG